UCCUACGCACUCAUCACAGGCGCCUCAGACGGGAUCGGCCGUGCCCUCGCGCUCGAAUUCGCAAAAUGGGGGUUCAACAUCAUCCUCCACGGGCGGAAUCCCCCAAAGCUAGCGAAAGUCAGGGAAGAGAUCCUCGCCCUGCAAAAGGAAAAGGAAAAGAAAAAGGGGAAGGGGAAGGACGUCCUCCUCUGGGUGCAGGACGCAGCUGAAGACGUCGAUUGGCCCGCGGUGAGAAAGAGGUUCGAGCAGCUGGAGAUCACCGUACUGGUGAACAACGUCGGCGGGUCCAAGCUUCAAACGCUCUCGUUCGACCAACAGCCCCUGGCCGACGUGACCCGAACAGUGCACAUCAACGCCCUCUUCCCAUUCUGGCUCACGCACACCCUCCUCCCCCUCCUGCGCCAGCCCUACCCCACGCUCCUACUCAACGUGGGUAGCAUGGCAGGUGUGAUCCCUCCGCCGCAUUUUGCCGCUUAUGCGGGGAGCAAGGCCUUUCUCGACCGGUUUACGCAUGCCUUAGACUUGGACGAGCGGAUCUCCGGGUCCCAAGUCAAAGUCCACUACCUGCAAACCGCUACAGUGCUAAACUCUUCGGGGGUGAUGAGGCGGUCUCUGACCGUUCCUUCGGCAGAAGAGUAUGCCCGGGGAGCGGUGAGAGUCGUCGGCGGUACAAGGAGGGUCGUGUUCCCUUACUGGAUGCAUGGGCUGCAG